AUGGCGAGUUCGUGGGUCAGUUAUGGUGACCGUGUGCGUUCGCCAACACCUCAACCUGCGGUAGCAGAGGUGAAGAGCUUCACUCGUGCAUGGCAGAAGCCGCGGGUUUACACUGUUACUGGCGGACGUGUCGCAGAACUCCAGGGCUCAAAGCCGUCGGCAAGUCUUGAUGGUGGUGGGGACGAUGGUAUAUCGCCUAUCUCAUCAAUGUCAAGAGCUGAAUCAUCUCGAGUUGGUCGUCGCGUCACUGGCUUCCUGCUCGAAAAGGGGCUGGCCUAA